GCUCACAAUCUUCGCCCAGCUAGAGGUUCGAGAGCAGCUGGUCGCCUCUGCAUGGAGCCGACUGCUCUUUAUGCAUGUGGUUGGAUGUCCUUCUGCCUCUCUGCACAGUGCAUCAAUCAAAGCUGUAUUUCUGGGGCAUUCAGCAACAACACCAUCGCAGCAAUGCCGAUAGAACAAAAUCACCUCUGAAAACCACGCUGCGUAGCUGCAGUUGCAUAUUUCCUGGAAGCUGGCAAUUGAAGCUCAUACUCCACUGCUGAUCGCCACCAUCAACAGGGCAGUCACCCAUUUCGGCUGAUGUGAGCAGCACAUGCUUCUCCUUACAGCAUUCCAGCCCGCCUCCCCAUGUGAGACCAAGAUAGGCUGACAAACUGCGCUCCUGGCAGGGUUGCUGUGUUGAAUCCAGCUUCUUAGGGCCAUACUUUAGUGCUUUCGCAGACUGCUUCCAGCACGUAAGCAGAAUCCAAUCAAAAAACUUCUUCACAUUCUUAGUCAGACUGUCCUAGAAAGUAAAAGUUGCGCCUCUGAUGGAAUUGAGCAGGACUCUGACUCAAAAUCCUCCUGGAAUUGAGAGCCUCAGCAAUGGAAAGGGAGCGGGCGUGGCUGGCCCGCUGCGCCCCCAUCUUCAUGCAGCCAGAGGUGGACGUCCGAAAGGGGAACGGGCUGGUCAAGCUCUUCUUCGAAUUCCAACAUGACGGCCAGGGGCGCCUGUGCUGUGACCUUGUUGUUGUCCUUGAGAGCGAGGAGAGCUACCCAAGAUUCAAUCUUGAAGCUCGCAACCCAAUAGCAACGACCUUCUACCGGUCCUUCAACAAGCUCAAGUUUGGCCGCACCGCAGACCUCAACUACCUCACAUUCAGGGGGGUAGAUCUCCAGCCAGAGAGCCCCCUCCCGUGGGCCUCGAUCUACAGCUUCGACCACAGUGGAGACCAGAGCCUGAUGCACGGCAACAAGGGAAGCUGCGGACCAUGGUUCUCGCUUUUCUACCACUACAAGAAGGACGUGUCAUAUGGGGAGUGGCAAAGGAAAGGCGACCGGCCACUGGUUUACCUAAACACGCAGAACCACAUGAUGGGCGAGGUUAAUCGUAACCCGGAUCUUCCACUGAAAGCGUGGGAGACGUACUUGCUCGGGGUGGGCUCCCAAGCGACCGCAGAGGCGUACGCCAGGCACCACGUGACCACCAAACCCCUCCUUUGGGCGCCGUUAACCCGGUGCUUAACCCCAAAAAACUUGGUGCUCGACGAGCGAGGAGAGCCGUGUAAGCGUCCCUGCUGCGCGGGGCAGCCUCCGGACGGUUUCCGGACGGUUUGGCAGACCGAGUUGGUUAUGGACGUGCCUUUCGGGGCGAAAUCGCCCGGCGGGGUUGCACGUGAUGGGAUUCUCGACAACGAACGGGGUAACGGGAUGAGGGGAGAAGGUCUGGGGUGGUUGAGAGAGAGGCGCUAACGGAGAAGGUAACUAGAGUUGAAGGAAGCUCUGUCGGGGUUGGGAAUCACCAACUCGAAGCAAGGAGGAAGGGAAAGAGAUUAGUUUGGCACGGGGGCUGGUGUUGAGCGAGUUGAGACAGUAGGAUAUAUAGCGGACGGAAAUGGGCGCACGAAUGCAAAACCAUCCAAGAUUGUCUCUGAAAUGGUUGUUUGGUAGUCGAGAACCGGACUGAGCGCCACGUCCUUGAUCGAGCGCAGCACGAAAGAGAGCCGCUUGCCGGCUUAGCGUGGACACUUACAUGAGCACGGAUCAAUAGCAGAAAGACUCGGCAUAAGUUAUUGGACUAGGUUAACGCUCUUAAGUCAAUUGGCUCGAAACAACAUGUUAUUUUUAUUUGACGUUUCAAAUCGAGC